GGGCUUUUUCAGGUUUAAGAUUCGUUCUUUGAGCAAUGGUGGAUGGACGUGUCUUCUACGAUUUAAUGAUGCUUGUUUUAGGAAAUCAUGUUGCCAGGUUGAAGAAAAUUACACUGUUUCCAGAUAUUUAGGCUCAAAAAAUGAAGUUAAGGUAGGAAAAACGGGAAAAAAAAAUAUGAAAUUUCCGUCGCAGUACAAUCUUUGCGAAAGAGGGCUGGGGACGAAUGAAAACAUUUUAAAUGUCGUGACUUGAAUACCAAUGACAACAAAGCGUCACGCGAGCUUGCUUCAGAGGUAUUAUGGAAACAGAAUAUAGCCGUAAAAUGGCAAAUGAUCAAAUUCCAGAAAGGAAACCCAGCUACAGGAAGGCUAUUGGCGCUAAUACAACGGAAAGCCAAACGAAGGCCGCUCGUUUUCAUAACAUUACCACUACUUCAAGCGAUCCGGUGGUCAAAUUUACUUCAGACGAUGAUGGACUAAACAGUUCUGGCUCAGCCAAAGACGUUGACACGCCUAUAGAGACAUUCUUCAUACAACGCCAUGCUGAGCAAGACAAAGAAGAAAAGCUGAGACGAGAAAAAUGGACCGAUUUUGCAGAAAAUAGUACUCUCCAUGGUUUCCAUUUCAUUUUUACCCGAGCUUCGCCGUGGGUGCGUUUGGUAUGGAUUUUUUUCUUACUAGGUUUCACCGCCUAUGUAAUUUUCUCCAUAUACAGCAGCAUCUACAAAUAUUUUACCUACCCCACUGCUACCGUCAUGAAUAUUUAUCAUCCGCAAGAGGGUCUGCAGUUUCCUGCAGUUACUUUGUGUCCCAUGACAACGUUAUCAAAGAGAAGGAUUUCUAUGAAGGACGAGGAACCAUCGUUUAAUAAGCUAGGACUAAACAUAGCUGCCUGCAAUACAACAGCGGCUGUCAGGGCAGGGAGACCAUGCGGGGAAGCACUUUUGUGUUGUUGCACAGAUUAUACUGACAGUGAGAUUUCUGUGGUUCUCCCUAACUGCACCGAGGACUACAGGAAAGAUCUUCUCGAGGUCAUAAAGAAGAAAAAGGAUUCAUUUAACGACAGGCAAUUUCACGAAGCUUAUGGUUCUGAUAUACGCAGAAUGAUCGUACCGGGAACUUGCCACUACGGAUUGUCUGAUGAGGGAUGCUCCCACAAAGAUUUCGAUCCCAUUGUGACAGACCUCGGGGUUUGCUACUCAUUCAACGCGGCGCGGCACGGCGAGCAAAUACUGAAAGCGUUUCAGGGCGACACGUUGUCCGGUCUGUCGCUGAUACUAGAUCUAAAUUUGCAUGACCACAUGGUCGGCUUUUCCUCUGAGGGGAUCUGGAUCAUUGUACACCAUCAGGGGGUAUACAUCAACCCUUGGAAUCGUAUUCUUGUAGCUCCAGGGACGCGUACGGAAAUCAGCGUUAAGCGUAAGGUGGUAAGUACAUAUAUGGUAGCAGGGUCUGGACUGAGUAGCAACGCGCUAAGGGGGCACGACACAAAGUGACAAAAUGACGAGAUAGCUCCACUGGUAAGAGUCAAUGUGGGAUGCGGUUGUCUGUAAGGUUUAACUCUUCCAUAUUAUUGAGAGAUAGCUACUGUCGAGUCAGCAAUAUUAAGGCUAACAUGAGCGUUGUUUAGACUAACAGUAGUGUCACUUCGUGUCUUGAGCACGCCCGCGUAAAGUAGUGAACGUUAUGUCACUAUUUAGCUUGCAAUUGCAACUCAACCGGAUUUGCGCGCUUAGUGAAAAUCUGUUCCGUGCCUUAGGGCCUGUUUACAAGGAAGGAGGGUUAUCCUAGCAAGCGGGUUAACCCUAGCUGGAGGGCAAAAGAUGGCCCGGGUUUACAAUCAAAAUUUCGCAGGUAGGGUAACCCUACAACCCGGGACGACCUAAAUGCGCGGUUACACUCAAAGGGUCUGGAAACAAUUGGAAAGUUAACCUGGGUAGGGGAGUUAACCCUACUUGAAGUGUUCACAGGGGAAAAAGUUAACUCGCCUGCCAUGGUAGCCCUAGCAGGCAGAUGGGGUAAGCCGCUUACUCGGGUAACCCUAGCUGCCUUGUAAAGACGACGAAGAAAACAAGAGGAAAUGUGUGACUGCUAGGGUAACCGCUUGCUAGGGUAGCCCUCUCUCCUUGUAAACAGGCCCUUAAACAGAACUUAACCUGACGUUCUCCACAAUCACACGACCUUGCACUGGACCGAUUUGUGCUGUAAAUUUCGGCGGGUCCUCUCCUAUGACAAGCUUGGGGAUGGUCGUCGGAAAAUUUAAAAUAAACCUCUAAAGAAGACCAAUCUGGUUGUGGGUUGAACAAUAUUUGACCUCUAACAGAUACCACUUAAAACGGAAUAGGCUAAAUUACAAGCAGCUCAGUGUUCACGAAUGGGGCCUGUGUUAGUAGGCCUCGAGGGGGACUCGAGAGACCGACGGAAAUCGAACCUAAAAACGGAAAUACGAGCAUUUAUUAUUAGUAGUAUUCCUUCGAGUGCACCCUAAAAGAUGCUUUGACAGCUAAAGAUAGUGGCGUUGUACGGGCGCCCCCGACCUUUUCUUACUUGGAGUCUCCCGCCGACCCCGGGUUGUAACUAAAGAUUGAAUUUAAUUUAAUUUUAAUGAAGGUCAAAUAAGACUCCUGUGCGCCUGAGUCUUUUAGCCCCCUAAGGCCUAUAUUCCGGGACCUAAAAUAUAAAUCCCCUUUACUGUCAAUGCUAUUCGCUUAUACAACCCAAUUGAAAUGGCAGGAUAUACUUCAAUUCACCUUUUCUACCAAUAUUUAUCGGCCAAAAGUUUCCUUAGACCGAUUUUUAUUUCCAGUACUUAAAGGGAGGGUUUCACGGUACGGCGCAUGCCCGGGGGGUACUCCCUUAUAUGGCCUCUAUAAGUAAGUGCGGCCCUAAAGCAUACGGUUUUUCAGCCGUUUUGACCAUAAAUAGGGUAUCGAUUAUAGUCAUUUUGAUCAUCAACAGCGUCUAGUUUUUGCACUGGUUUUUGCGCAUUCUUGGGCAAGUUUUUAGAGGAAGCUACUUUUUUCUUUUUCAUUGAUAAGACCAGCGUCUGGUUUUUGCACACCCUUGAGCAUGUUUUUUUUUUUUUCAGAAGAAGCUACUUUUUCAUCAUUAUCGACAAGACCGAUUAACAAAAGCCCUUCACAACAAAAGCCUUUUGCACAGACCCAGUUUUUCAUUGUAAGCAAGGGCCUAAGCAAGUUACCUAAUUUUGCAAAUAGCCGUAA